AUGGCACCGGUGGCUUUCUAUGGCACAUGUGUAGACACCCCAAAAUUUGGCGAAAUCCGUGGCUUGGAGGAACGAACUUUGCUGGUCGUUCUGGAUGGAGUUAUCACGUCUCUGCACCGUGGCGUUGCGGCAGAUGAACAUCGGAGACGUCUGGAAGAAGAUGGAACUGACGUGCGGCUGUUGGAAGAUUCUGAGGUGUUGCUUCCCGGCUUUAUUGACACCCACAUCCAUUUUCCUCAGUUCCCCUUCACUGGCGCCGGGAUUGACAAGCCUCUGAUGGGCCAAGAGGGAUUUCUCACCAGCUAUGCCUUUCCAACCGAAGAAUCCAUGGCGGAGUUGGGAACGGCCCGGGCAGUUUACGGGAUGGCCAUGGAGACUUUGUUGAGUCAUGGCACCACCACGGCGUUGAUCUUUGCAAGCAUUCAUUCUGAAUCUUCCAAAGCACUGGUUGAUCUUGCGCUCCAAAAACAAGGCCCACGAGCGAUGGUGGGCAAAGUUUGCGUUGACAGCGAUUUGGCCGAGAAGUACAACUGCAUGAUUCAGAGCCACAUGAGUGAAUCCAUCGAUGAGGUGGAGUUUUCUGCCAGGCUUUUUGGCUUUUCGGAUGCCGAGGUCUUUUCCAAAUUUGGACUUUUGCGUGGCAAACCUGGACCUGCUGCUGCAGUGAUGGCGCAUUGUGUCCAAAUGCAAAAAGCGGAGGAUUCUGGAGCUUCGAUUGCCCACUGUCCUUUGUCGAAUUUCUUCUUCGCCCAUGGAGCAUUGCCAGUGAAACGCCUGGUUCGCGAGGGCAUCAAGGUGGGUUUGGGUACCGAUGUCGCGGGAGGAUACUCGCCGUCCAUGCUCUCAGCCAUGCGCGCCGCGGUGCUGGCCUCGAAGAGUCUUCAAUUUCGAUACGUUUCAGGUUCCAGUCUGGCGGACACUUGGAGGGAAAGCACUGAGGAGGCAAAGGAUGCGCACGAUCUGAACCACUUCGAGGCUCUCUACUUGGCGACUUUGGGUGGAGCCUCAGCCCUGGGUUUGGCGGAGCAUCUGGGAAGCUUCGAGGAACAGAAACGCUUCGACGCCGUGCUCCUGCGCAGGUCCUGCGAGGGGAGGCCGCCGGUGUGGCCCACAACGGAGUCCAAGGAGGAUUUGCUGUUGAAGAUCAUCACGCUGGGUGAUGAUCGAAAUGUGAAGGAAGUCUUUGUAGAUGGUCGUUCCGUGUAUCGCUGCUGA